GUUUCGAAAGCGUCUGCACAUUAUUUACAAACUGCUCCAAUGCUAACGCCAUUACUGCGAAUACUUUUUUCUCAUCACCACCUUUGGCCGGUGGUGAGCCGUAUUUACAAGAAUUAUUUUCGCGAACAAACGAUCACCCAGGAUGACGUUUUGAAACAGGCAACCGGAACGCUCCGAAGCAUGUUACAAGAAUAGCCGGGUUGCAUUGAACUCCCUCUCGCAUGCUACGAUCAACGCGCGAUCUGAUUUUACUUUCAUUCGAAAAUAGGGGACAAAUUCUGUCUAGAACAACAUGUUAUAUAUUUUAUAUGAUAUUUCCUGCUUUUUUGCCAAUUUCUACUUGAGUUAAUAUUAGAUAUCGUAACAUUAAGUUCAAGCGUGACAUACGACGAACUUUGGAAAAUCACACAAAUAGCGUUGGAUGAAGUACUUCAAGCGGACAUGAACUUGCAGAACGCAAAGCCGCAAAGAGAUCGUAAAAAAGCUCGUAACAUACAUACGGAGCUGUAUGUGAGGUAUAUCAUUAUCUCUAACAAGCUUGAAUUAUGUUAUGACCAAGUGAUACAGCCGCAAAAGCGAAUAUUAAUUAGACGAUUACUAGAUUCCUGCCUUGGCAGAAUUUUGGAAUUGAAACACGAACUGGUCGAAAUAGAUCUUUCAGAAUACAGUUAUUUCGAUGACGUUCUAAUAAAGUUAAACGUCACUCCUCAAGAAAUUGAAAUUCAAUUGCCCAGAUACUUUCGGCGGGAACGUUCAAAAGAGAUUGAGGAAAGGCGAUGCUUCAUAGAAAGUACUUUGCGUUCUAUCGGUGUGCUGGAUGAAGUAAUAUUGCCAAAACAAAUGAGCGAAUCGGAAGCUGUUAGGCUUAUACAGGCGCACGAACGUGCGAGACAGGGACGGCUAAGGUUUCAAUUUAUGAAAGAAAUUCGCAAGAUGAAAGAAAGAUCAACGAUCAAACCAGAAAUGGAUAUUCAAGCAGUGUUGAGUGAAAAAACAGCUGCAAUGAGGAUUCAAAAAGUGUGGAGGGGAUAUGUUACCAGAAGGAAGAUUCGAAAACGACGUCUUGAUGAAAUGUUGUUGAUUGGUAUGCUUCAACCUAGUCAAGAAAUCACUGAAACUGCUAGGCAAGCCGAGAGAAUUAGACAAGAAAGAUAUGAGAAGCAAAGUAAAUAUCAGGAAUUAUAUGAAACUUUACUGAUUGAGACUAGAGAACAGAUUCAAAAGGAAAAGAGGGCUAUAAUAGAAGAGAAUAUCAGAAGUGAAGUUCGAAAUUGGAUAAAUGCAUACUUUCAACAAACAGGAAAAAUCCCUGAUUUGCCAUCCGCUGAAAGUGGAGGGUCCAGAAUAAUAUUUAGUAGACAGGGAACUGAAAGUACCACGAGCAAAUCUACAGCGGUGUCAUCAAAGGAGUCUAAAAAAUCUAAGAAAUCAAAAGCAAAAAAGGAUAGUGAAAACGAGCAGUCAGAAGAAGAAACAGAACAAGGUUUCAAGCCCAUUCCAUCCAAUUUUUUAUCAGAAUUAAUGCAUGCUAAUCAAGAAUAUCAAGAAGUAUGGAAAUCUAAAGAUGAAUCUACAAAUGUUGCACAAUUACCAUAUACAAAUAUGAUAGAAAAAGAAAAAACAGAAGAAGUAGAACACGAAGUUAGAGUUAUUGUUGAUCAAGAAUUAAGGGGUGAUAUUGAAGCCCUUCAAAAUGCAUUAGACAGGGACAAAGGGUUGAAAGGUAAACGUGCAAAAAAAACUCAAAAACGUAUUCGUCGUAGUGGAAAGAAGAAUAAGAAAAGGAAAGAAAAGGAUUUGACUCCUGACCGAACAACAGAGUCAUUGUUCGAAGAAUUAUUGACACAAGGCAUUAUUAAGCUUCACAAAGAAGUUGCACUUAGAGAUUUCAAAGGAGAAAAAUCUUUUACUAAUAGUAGUUUAAGAGAGAAGGAGAAAGACCCAUUGCCAACAAUUGGGGACAUAAGACAUUUAAUAGCUGAAUACUGUAUAGUUCCUCUGGGAAACAGUACUCUUAGAGAACUUACACCUCUGAUAAGAUCCGUAUUAAUAGCUGGUCCACGUGGAAGUGGAAAAAAGAUGUUAGUAAAUGCAAUUUGCACUGAACUUGGUGCUACAUUAUUUGAUAUUACACCAGCCAAUAUUGCAGGGAAAUAUCCUGGAAAGUCAGGAUUAAUUAUGUUUAUCCACUUAAUAUCAAAGGUGUCACGUUUAUUACAACCAUCGGUAAUAUUUAUGGAUGCGGCUGAAAAACCAUUUGUUAAAAAAGUUCCUAAAACGGAUAAAACUGACCCGAAACGAUUGAAAAAAGAUUUACCCAAGUUGGUAAAGAACAUUACAAAUGAAGACAGAGUAAUUCUGAUUGGAACUACAAACUUUCCAUGGGAUGCAGACCAGAAGCUUUUAUAUCAAACUUAUGAUAAAGUUAUAUACAUCCCCAGGCCAGACUAUGGAAGCAUGUCUCUCAUAUGGAAAGAUUUGUUACACAAAUAUUCUGGUAUUAAUAGACAAUUCGAUACGUCUGUCAUGACUAAACUUUGUGAUGGAUUCACUAUUGGUACCGUAUUAACAUCGAUUAGCGAGAUAAUGACCACGAAACGAAUGGUGCAAUUAAGAACUCAUCCUUUAACACAUGUCGAACUAAUAAAUGCGCUGAGCACAAAAGAUCCUGUUUAUAAAGAAGAAGAAGAUGCAUUUUCAGCGUGGCUUGUAAAAACCCCAAUAUAUCGUAAAAAACAGCGCGUGCACGAACUGGAGUUGCAACAAUUGGAGGAAGCGAACGAAAAGCAAAAGAGAAAAGGAAAGAAGUCAUGAAUAAUUUCGUUAAGUAACGUCGGUACACUUGGAUCUUAGAAGCAUAAGCAUUAAUAGCGCUCAGAUAAGAAAUACACAUAAUAUUUUCGCAAUUUAAAUAAAUUGUAAAAUACCAGCAAUCCCGGUGACGCGGAAUUGAUCAAAGUUCAUAAAUUAAGAAAAUCUACUUUGUAAUGAAUCGAACGAGAAUUUAUGGACCACGAGAAGAAGAGACAAAACAGAAAUUUCCCACGCUUGGCCUGUUAUCUCUUUUACCAGAUUUGAUAAU